AUGGAGCCGGCCAGCGGGAGUGUGAAGAAGUUGGACAAGACGGCCCUGGAGGGGCUCGAUGCCCGCACCGAGAGCACGAAAGUGCCGGAAGAUGUUCUGAUGGAGGAGCCAGACCCUCCGUCCGACAACGAGACCAUGAGCACCGCAAAGCGGUCCAACAGCAAGCCGGAACAUGGAAGAGGCCCUCUGCGUGAGGCGAAACAGGCUGUCUUGGAGCAGCUGGCGGAGAACCAGAAGGAGGACCUCUUCAAGAAAUUGUUUGCAGAGUUUCAAGAGAGCCCGGGCAUGAACAUGCCAACGAUCACGGACGAGCAGGUGGAGCAGGCGGACAAGGAACUCACUUCCUUGUUCAUGUACCAGAAGUGUCCCUUUUCCGACAAAAUUGUGGACGAGUGGCACGUGAAGAAUAAGGACCACAAGAGUUACAUGAGGGAGCACCUCAGGUCGUCGUACCUCCUCACGGACCCAACAGCGAUGACGGCCACCGAGGUGAGGGAGUCCUUCGCGAGAGUUCGGCGAUUCGGCGGGGGAUUGCACCGUUUGUCGCUGGCAAACAGUGUGGAGUACUGGGGCGAUGUGGAGAAGCUUCCGUCCUUGGUGCGGAGCAUCCAUGCCACCAAGGCGAUGCAAAUCAAAUACGGCACGUCCAAGACCGCGAAAACGCACCUCCUGACAAAGGACCAGGUGGCCAAGUACCAUCUGGCCUGGGUGAGCUAUGCCCCGACGUCCGGCAAGUACACGAAUGCCUCGUACUCCAAGGACCACCUGAAGCUCCACACCGACCUCCAAAGGCCUAAACUUUUUAAACCCUGUAAACCCUCUCUAUAA